AUUUCAUUCGUGAUCUUUCUUUUCCGGAAGCGAGUGUGUUACUGACUGCUGUUCGAGGCUGGCCAGUGUGAUUGGUAAACGACACGUUUUGGUAACUCAACUGAAACAUUGAAAGUUUAAGUUCUAAUUUUUUAGGCAGAUUGCUGUCUUGUUGAUAAAAAUGUGACAUCCUUCUGAGUUAGAAUUCAUUUAAUAACGAUAGUGUUCUUAAUUGUGUACGAUGUUUUAAUCUAUCAAAUGGCUCAUGAAUUACGAAAAAUAUAGGUUUCCAUAAGUACACACCUAAAAGCAGCGAUACAUUGCUUAUAUAAAUAAGCGAAAAUUGCUUUUAUGGAUUUCCAAAAUACAUUUCGUAACAUUAGCACGACGGUGUCACACGAAAUAAGGUAUAAAGUACUGUAAAAUAUAGAUUUUUAAUUUAUUAUGCAAACUGCUUUGUACGUUGAGUGUUUUAUCGCUUUCUGUAAUUAAGACUAACGUCGAGUCUCAUUUUAGGUGAUUAAUAUGAGAAUGUUGCGUCCGUUCUUCGUGCAUAGAGUAAUCUGAGAGUCUUUAAAGGGCGUAUGUCAGACAUGAGAGCCGUAGAGGACUGGGGUUGCACGGUGUCGGUUUUUGAGAUAAGUGAGGAGUCUUUACAUAUAAACAUAACCAGCAAUGGGAAGGUUUCGAAUCCUUCUGUAUCCGAGGGUCCACAGCGCGGUUUAGCCGAGCCUUUAAGCUGCAGUGGGACCCUUUUGGACAGUCGGUCUGGGAUAGUGCUGUGUCACAGCCUCGUCUUCUCCGCUUUCCUCAAUAAAAGCAUCAAUAUCUCCGAUUAUCGGGUCCUGUUUCCAGACAGCUUCAGCAGUAGGCUGCACGUCUACGUGCAGCGCCCCGAAGAACUUAAAAGUGUAGAUAACACGAAGCAGCAAAGCCAUGUAAUGCGCCAGUGCCUCGGAAAAGCCAAGCAAACCGUGUCCAAGCCGUCCCCUCAGAAGGCAGAGCUCCUCAUGCUAGUCUCCAAUCCGCAAUUCCAAAAAGCGUUCACGAGGUUAUUUAAUAAACCAGAUGAGUGGAGAUUUUGCAGCAACACAGGGGAUAUAGACCUGGAUGACCUAAAAAAGGACACAGAGUUUCUAAGUUGGUUUGCUGUGCUUAAGGUUCCAGGCCUUUUGGGUAGAGGGCAGAGAGCUCUACCUUGGGUGUCCAGUUCUAGUCUGAAAAAGGGGGAUGUCGUUUUCGCCUGUGGCUCCCCGUUUGGCUCCUUCUGUCCUGACCUAUUCAUGAACACCCUCAGCAAAGGGAUAGUGAGCAAUGUCGCCGGGGAGAGCAGGGCCUUGAUCCUCACGGAUGCCCGCUGCCUGCCUGGCACAGAAGGAGGGGGACUCUUCUUGGACAAAGGGGGCCGCUUCUGCCUUGCUGGGCUGAUAGUGUCCCCGUUAUGUUGGAGGGCAGGGGAAUGGAUUGGCCUGACGCUGGUGUGUUCCCUGGAGUCCGUUGUCAGGAACAUUUGGUUUGUGAAUAAAGGGGACCCUUGCCUGAAUUGGAUACUGUCCGACACCCCGUCGCACUUCGUACAAGAUCUGCCAGUCACAGGUGAAGCCAAAAGUGUUAGACAGCACCCCACCGUAGCAUUAGUACAGAGCGGCGAGCUCUGGGGCUCUGGAGUCCUGAUGAACUCAAGAAUGAUGCUGACAUGCAGACACGUUGUGAACGGAGCUUCGAGGGUGGUUGUGAAGAUCAACAAUAAAGAGAGAUUGCUUACUGCGGUGGGGAAUGUGGUUUACUCCACUAAGGACUCUUCGCCCUACGAUGUAGCAGUAGUGCUCCUGGCAGAGCCCCUUCCCAGUACUACUGUUCCUGCUGUGGCCAGGGACUUCAGAGCAGGNGAAGAUGUGUAUGUCACAGGGUAUGGUGUGUUCGGCCAGAGCUGUGGGCCCUCGGUGACCUCUGGGAUCCUCUCCAGAAUAAUCGCUUGUGAUUUCCAGCCUGCAAUGCUGCAGACAACAUGCGCAGUUCAGGCCGGCGCCAGUGGGGGCGCUGUGAUUCGAGCAGCCACAGGAGAGCUCCUAGGCCUGGUAUCCAGCAACACCCGGGACUGCGCUGCUGGAGUGACGUACUCCCAUCUGAACUUCAGUGUUCCAGUCACAGUGCUGUCCCCCCUGCUGCGCCAGUAUGCCCUGACUGGAGACUCGGGGGUGUUUGAGGAGCUGGACCGAGCCAGUGACGCUGUCAGAGCUGCGUGGAGACUACAGGGCAGCCACGGUCUGAUUCCCCGGAGCAAACUCUGACUCCCUCUGCCAGCCACAGGCAGGGAGAGAGACUCCUCUGACUGACCUGCAAGGGCUACAGAUGUGUCUUUGCUUAAAUCAGAUGCUGAUAAUCUGUCACUGAGGCUGAUCACAUGAAGAGAUUCUAAAGGAGCAGUUCAUAGGGAGCUCAUAAGGAGGACAUGAUUUACAAAUCAGAAAAUUAAAAACUGAUUUUGUAUCAAGAGUGUGAAAGGAGUCAAAUAUUUAAUCUUACCUAAACGAGAGUGCUCAUAAUUUUGUUUGUUUCGAUUAAAAGGUAGUUUUAGCGCA